CAAUAUUAAAUCGAAGAUGAGCGAUUCUUUUGCUCGAUGAUUUCCCAUUUAGAUCUGUGUAAUGUCAUUAAUGUGUACCUCUUCUGGUCUUCUGUUCCGCCUUCGUAUUCGCCACUCGGAUAACACUAAACUAAAAAGGUAAAGUAAAGGCAGAGGCUUUGAAAAUUAAGAAUUUUAAGUAAAAUUUAAAAAAAAAUACUUUUUCAGCUUUAAUGUAAUUGAAAAGUACUCAAUCCUUUUUUUAAUAGCCUUUUCCCACUAACAUCCAGCCAGUAAUUCACUUGCGAAGUCACGAGCCUAAAGCAAACGUCUCGAUAGUAAGCGACGUUUUAUUAUUAACCUGUCUGUGUGGAUAGUAGCGUCAGCUGUUCUGCUUUUCCGGUUUCGAAGCAACUUGGCAGAAAUUUUCAGGACAAAUUGAGCAUCGCUGUUAACAGUUAACCUUCCACCAAGCAACACUAUUACAUAAAACGAUGCUUAAACCAAGAGCUCUGGCCGAAGUUUUAAGUCAAGCAAAUACUGGGGGUAUAGGCAGUACCCUGUAAGUAAAUUAUGUAGUUUAAUCCGACCUAGUUAGUAAAUAAAUGUCUCCUAUGUCUAUGUUCAGUUGAUUCAAUCAUUCAAUCAUCAAUGUUAUGACUAAGAGACUAUGUAAUACUAUGUUAGUUUGACUAGUAUGAGUACUAUGACUAUCAAUAAUGCCUAACGAUCUAUGACAUGACUAUGAACAUAUAUGAUUGUAUGCCUAUGAUGAGGGUAUGAGUACUAUUCAGUGAUUCAGGGAUUGCUGAGUAGCCUCAGUGCUCAGUAGGCGAGUAUGUAAAACUGGUACUGGUAGGUAAGAAAGACUAAGAGUCACUUCACUAAGAGUACUAGUACUAAGACCAGAAAGGGUAAGACCAUGCCAUAGGCCGCUGAAUAAGACAGAGGGUAAUCUACCACUUGAGCGUCGGCCAAGAAAAAAUCCAGCUGUUCCGGUUGGAAGGGUUAUUUAAACAACUAUUCUUAUUUUAUUUUUAAUGACAUUGGUUGUACGUAUUCAUUCCCAUAAUAAUAGACAAUUUUUUUUAAAAUAGAAAAACUAUAACAAUUUUUUUGAAAUAGAAGAUAAUGUGUGAAAAUAAAAUUAUGCAUAGAUAUCCCCCAAGUUGACAAUGAAGUUCAAAAAAAUAUAAUUUCCAUGAAAACGGUUGUGGUACAUGAAUCCACGUAAAUAUGAAGGGGAAAGAUCACCGGCGCUUCUUGUGCCAAACUGUCUUUUUAGUUUAUGCUUUCUGAGCAUUCACGUUUUCCACAUUCUGUGUGUGGACAUAUGCGUCAUCUGGAUAAAAAAAAAUAAUUGUCUCUUUUUCUUCCUGGCAUAUCGGUACUUUGGCAGUAAUAAGUAUUUAAAUGUAUUAGUAUUAAUAAUAAUAAUAAAGUUCAUUUCAAAAACACGCUUCAUCCCCAAAGGCUCGAAGCGUGGUACAAAGUCAACAGAAAACAAAUUUAUAAUUUACCACAUUUAAAACAAACGCAACGCUACAAAAACUAAUUACAAGCAUACAAUGUCAAAGUCUUUCAACCCAUUUCAACCGUGAGCAACACAGCUAAUAUGCAUUAAAUGGAAAAUAUGGUAGACAAUCAUCCCAGAAGGUGUUUGCGAAAUAGAUGUGUCUUUAAAUCGGUUUUAAAGGAAUCCAGUGUCUGGUUGUUUCUGAGAUCGACAGGAAGCGCGUUCCAAAUUGUUGGACCAGCAAAUGCGAAAGUGCGCUUUCCGUAAGUCUCAAGGCAAACACGUGGUGACGAGAGUUUGCCACUAUCGGAUGAGCGGAGCUCUCUAGUGGGUACAUAAGGCGUCAGCAGCUCUUUCAGAUAGGACGGCGCCAGGUCAUGUAAGCAGCGGUAGCACAAAGUUGCGAUUUUGUACUCUAUGCAAGCACGCACCGGCAGCCAGUGCAACUCUCUCAAAAGUGUUUUUGCAUGGUCGAACUUGCGUUUGCGGAGAACAAUGGGAGCCGCAUUAUUCUGUGCUAUUUGAAAUUUAUCCAGGAGCGUAGCUGGAAGACCCACCAUGAGAGCAUUGCAAUAGUCCAUGUGCGAUAGCACAAAUGCAGACAUCAGCCUCUUUGUUGCAUCAAUUGUUAGGAAGGGCCUGAUGUGACUAAUCCUGCGCAGCUCCAGAAAAAUUGCCUUGCAUAGCAUGUUAAUAUGACUUUCAAAACUUAGUCUUCUAUCUAGGUAUACAUCCAGGUACCGCACUGUUUGAGGAAGACAGUCUAACGUGUCUAAUUGGUAAACACGGUUGUAAACAAGAUACAUCAAGCGAAUAGGCCACGCCCAAAACAGACGUUUCUGUCUGCUAGGAUUCUAAUUUAGGUCAAGUAAAAUUAAAGCACAGGGAAUGUAUGCUACAUAACAAUUAGUAUUUAGCAUUGCAUGAGAAGUCGGCUAGGCUACGACUAGAUUGACCCUAUAUUAAGAUGUAGGGUGUAUUUCUUUGUGAACUAUCGGCCUCCCGCCUUAAAAUUUAUUAUAUUAUUUAUCACCCUUACUAUUAUUUUUUAUCAUUCUUAUUUUUUAUUACCGUAAUUCUCUCUACCUCUCAGCUUUGCUUACUUCCAGAAUGCAUUAUUGCUUAAUAUUAUUUGUUUGCAAGAUACUCAGUAAAUUAGUUGGUAGAGAAAUAGAUUUUAAAAUUAACAAUAUUUUUUUAAUCAUUCACAGUCACGUGACAAGGCUGACAGACAAAUCUCUCGCGUCACUUUGUUUUGGUGGUCAUGUGACUUGGUCACCGGAUGAAUAUCUUGAUAAAGUAUUCUUCCGGCGGUCAUGUGACUUUUCGCCGGACAAAUAGUGCGGGAGAUAUACGUCCGCCGCGCUGUACUAUUUUAAAAGGCUAGCUGUUACUAUACAUAAGUAUAAGCAGUAAAUUUUGGUGGCGGUAAUCGGUGGUAUGGGUUUUGCCUAGAGUUGUCUCAUCCUAAGCACAUUGUGGUCAUUUUGGGGAUCCAAACACUGGUCCCUUAUUUAGAUUAAAUAGAGUAUGUUGGGCAUGAAAGAUGAUAACUUUCCUAUUCUUCCCUGAUCAUUGCUCACACUCACAUCAUAAACUAAAUCUGAUGAUUAAUAUGAAGUAUACUCAUUUUUAUUAAAAUUGAACUUACAAGGUUCAAAAGAAAUGAGAAAAGGAACACAUCUUUCCUGAUACCCCAAGAUCAUGGGUGUCCACAGGAAUUUUCUCCGGAAAGGGGGUGGGGGUGUCAACAAACUUCAGACAUUCUUUUUCAUAAUUUACAUAUUUUUCAUACAGUUGAAAGCUGAAGAGCAUAUGCCUAUUAAAUUAGAGUUCUUUUUACAAACGUGCAACAGUUGUUUAGCAUACAUUUUUAAGCUUAUAAUACAAAAUAUACAACUAAUGGACUCACAAAUUUCUAGAUAUUCUUUAAUUUCAAUCUUUGAAAAGGAAUUGAAGUCAGCGUUUAUCCUUUUCAAAUAUGUCAAUUUCUUUUAGCAUAAACUCUGCUUUAUUUCUGUGUUGUUGGUCAGUCGGGAGUCGACCAUGACCACUUAAAUCAUCAGAGUUUGUGCUGAUUCUGUCUGUGGGUGCGCAGAUGGCUAAUGAGGCCGAUUCUGGCACGAAAUUCUCCUGUGCAGUAGGUACAGGGGAAUGAUGGCGCAUCCCGGAGAGCAGAGUCAGACCGGGCCUUUCUGGAAAAUCUCUUGCGCUCUGCAGCUGCUGUUUUGCCAACUUCAUGUUGCAUGGAGCUCCUGUGCAAAGUGGAAUCCCAUGAAGUUCAAUCCUUUGCUUGUUCCUCCCACGUGUCUGGGUUUAUGUUGAACGCUUUCAGUGAGGCUUUUAUGUUUUUAAAGCAUUUUUUCUGUCCGCCAGCAGACCGCCUUCUUUGUUCAAGCUCGCCAUAGAAAAUUAUUUUGGGAAGACGGUCAUCUGACAUUAUUACAACACGCCCCGCAGACCUCAAGAUUGUGAAGAUGCUGGGGAGACCUGCCCGUGUGAGCACCUCAGUGUCUGGGACCCUGUCCUGCCACUUAAUAUUGAGGAUUUUUCUGAGUCUUGUUGUAUGAAAGUGGUUCAGCAUUCUUGCAUGGCGUUGGUAGACCGUCCACACUUCACAGGCAUAGAGAAGCAUAGGGAGAACAGCCGCCUGAUAUACCUUCAGUUUAGUUUCAGUGUUGAUACCUCUCCUGGUCCAUAUGUUCUUAGUCAAUCUUCCAUAGGUUGCACUGGCCCUUGCAAUACGGAGGUUAACCUCAUCAUCGAUGGUUGUGCUUUGGGACAGUGUGCUGCCGAGAUAGGAAAAGCCUUUCGCCACCUUAAGUCUUUCUCCAUAUACUUGGAUGUAGGGCUCAACAUAAGGGCUUCGAGGAGCUGGUUGGUAUAUGACCUCAGUUUUUUUUUGUGUUAAUGGUGAGCCCGAAGUUUGUACAGGCAUUAGAAAAGCUUGUGACGCAGCGUUGCAUAUUCACUUCUGAUACAGCAUUUAGGGCACAGUUGUCUGCAUACAGGAGGUCCCUGAGGGUGUCUGUUAGGGCCUUCGUUUUGGCAGGUAGCCUCUUGGGGUUGAAUAGAUUACCGUCAGUAUAUGAGGCCAAUUCCAGUGUCUCCCUCUCUGAAUGCAUCGGUCAGGAUUGGGGAAAACAUGAGGUUGAUAAAUGUGCGCACUCUACAGGACAGAUCUCGGAGAUGCACAGCCCUCAUAGGAAAUGAACUGGCAAGGUAUGGGGUGGACAUCGCAGCACUUAGCGAGACCCGGCUUGCAGGAGAGGGCAAACUUUGUGAAAGGGGCUCUGGAUAUACCUUCUUCUGGAGUGGCAGAGGAAGCGAGGAGCAUCGCGAGGCUGGUGUUGGUUUUGCUAUCAAAACUACAAUGUUAAACUUGCUUGCUGGUCUUCCUAAAGGACUCAACGACAGAAUAAUGACCAUGAAACUCCUUCUCGUAAAUGGAAGAACACAUCUCACCAUUAUAAGCUGCAAUGCUUCAACGAUGACAAACCCAGAUGAAGUAAAAACCAAGUUCUACGAGGAUCUUCACUCUGUCAUAGCGGGCGUUCCAAAGCAGAAAAAGCUUAUAAUUCUAGGUGACUUCAAUGCUCGAGUUGGUAGCAACCACAUCACUUGGCAUGGGACUCUGGGAACGUACGGAGUGGGCCAGUGCAAUUGUAACAGUCUUCUCUUGCUCAAAACAUGCGCAGAGCAUGAACUGCUGAUUACUAACACAAUAUUUUGCCUACCAAUGCCUAAUCAGACUUUCUGGAUGCAUCCUCAUUCAAAACAUUGGCAUCUCAUAGACUAUUUCAUCAUCAGGAAGAAGGACAGUCGGGACGUUUGAGUAACCAAAUCCAUGUGUGGUGCAGAAUGCUGGACUGAUCAUCGUCUUAUUAUCACGAAGCUCAACUUACACAUACAACCCAAAAGACGCCCUCAGGGGAAGAAGACCCCUAAACGUCUAAAUACCACAAAGUUGAAAAGCCCCAACCUUAAGAAAUCCUUUGUGGACGCUCUGCUAAAACGUAUGGAGUCCACACUAUUGGAAAAUGACACUGUCAGUAGAGGAUCUUUGGAAGAUCAUGGCCAAAUAUGGAUGCCCAAGAAAGUUUGUGUCAAUGAUACGACUAUUCCAUGAAGGUAUGCAGGCUAGAGGUCGGGAUAAUGGAGAGACCUCAAAACCAUUCCCUGUAACAAACAGCGUGAAACAAGGAUGUGUACUUUUAUUUCUAUACACACAUAAACCAUGUACCAGUGACAUUACACACUUGAACAAUUGAACUCAAAUCAAAACCACCAGAUUGAGCCAAUGCGCAGACUAAGGAACAAAAGUUGCUUUUGGAAAAAUCUUGCAUUUUUAGCUUGAACCCUGCCUUCCUUUUCUGCCAUUAUAGAACAGCCAUCAUAACCUUGUCAAAGAAAUUUUGUCAUCUCCAGACCACAUUCAUUGCAGUGAUUUAUAAUAGCAUCUACAGUUGCAGAUGUCAUUAAUUGCUUCAGUGGCUAGAAUAUGUCUGAUACAUUCUUCACAAAUUUUUAAUUUUCUAUGUUGUCUACAAAACCAACCGCCAAUGACUAUUGUUCUGUUCCUAAUAUAUCAGCUGUUUCAUCAGCUAAUAUUGAGAAUCAUACAGAUUGUUUACUAAUGUAAUACUUUGUUUCUCUAUUAACUCCUCACAUAACUCUAUCAGUUGAUUGUGGAUCCUGUGAAAAGUAUAAUGAACAUUAUCAACAGAUGUCUCCAAAUGUGUCUCCAGGUAUUUGUCUUCAGCCUCCACUCUAACCUGACACAGAUCAUUGACAUUGUCACUAUUUUUGCCUGUCACUAUUUUUGCCACAAAGUGCGAUGUUGUGUGUUCGGCAAAAAAUGAUUGUGGAUGAUAUCGGCAAAAGCUUAUUUCGAUUUUCAAACAUUUUAUGAGAAAUAGACUUGAAUACCUGACUUUGGGUAUGUUGGUGUGAAUACCUAAUGAUGCUCAAGGAUGCUGUAGUAUCCUGCUAAGCACCUUUGUGCCACUUACUUUCCACAUGAUUAUGAGCACCUUGAGGAAAGUCAUUGUAUUUAGUGAAAGGUGUCGCCAUAAAGCACUUUGGUCCCCACUAUGACUGGUUUGCAGGAAACAAUAGAAAAUAUACAUAUUGGACCUUUAAGAUGACUGGAAUGGGCAAGCCAUGGGACGAACAUCAAUCGCUAUAAAUUUUAUAAGGCAGUCUACUUAUUUAUCUUACAAUUAAAGCAAAUAACAAAUAUGUAUAAUCAAAUACUCGGGUGGCAGAGUGGUCUAAACUGGGCAAAUCUCAAGUUGGUGAUCUGGAGUUCAAUUCCAGCCAAAGCCCAGUCAAGCAAAAACAAGAGAAGGAAACUCUGAAAUCAAACCUGGAGAUGGAGUCCCGAAAGGUGGAUAACAUAGGUUCAAUGAAACAUUCUGACAACUCCUGUGAUGCCACUGGUGCCAAGCUGUAUCAUCCAAAUGAUGUUCCCUUGGGUUAUCCAGCGGCGUGGAGAGAGGCGAUUAGCUUUUGGGAACCAGCUUAUAAUCCUUAAAGAAUAAUCCCAGGACUUGUGGAUUUCAUCCUCCGAAGCCCACACCAUCGUCACAUUGUCAAAUAAUAAAAUAGUCCAAUAAUGGCCAUUUUGUUAUAAUAAAUAUAACUAAUGUGGACCACUUUCACUUCAAUCUCUCACGUGUAAGGGUUCUCAAUUUUUGUUUUUUUUAUUUUUCAGUAUUCUUAUAUUAAAAAGUCUCAUAUUAAUAUAGUCCUGUAGAUUGAUAGAAACAAUUAACCUGCUUAUAUAUUACACCUAAUGUAGUUAAUGUAGGUAAUAAAUCUUGAGAAGCUCCACCAUAAAGAUUUGAUAAUGUUCAUCAUAGUCAAGUGUUUAAACCUUUUCUAAUAUGUUUUCAAUAUUUUAAACAAAAACUAUUGAUGUCCUACUAGUGUUAACGCAGCACAAUACUUUUUCUUUAUCAAAAAAAAUAUAAAUUUUGAACAGAUUACAUGUUGCAAUCUUGUAGCGAAAAAUUAGUGCAUUUAAAAGUGAAAAGUUACGGAUAAGUUUUAUAUAAAUAAAUUUUUUUCAAUAAAUAUGUAAUAAAUGAAUUAUAUAUUUGCAUCAAAAAAUAAUUUUUAUUUCUAUCUAUAAAAACUAUUUUAUAUUCUUAGUGAGUUAAUGCAAAUAUAAAUAUUAGUAUUUUAAGGAACCAUUAUAUUUGCAAUAUAAUUUAUUUAUUAUUUUCCGGGGGGGGGGGGGGUGAUCAUAUGACCCUCUUGACCCAUGCCCAAGAUGAACACCAGUGGAAAUAAAAGAAAAAAUGCACGCUUAAACUUUAUUUUGAUUUAUUCAAAAUUGAAGUACCUGUAUGGUAUUCAUUUCUAUCAAUUCACAAUUCUGGGGAGCCGGGACCCUUCCUCCAAACCCCUACCAUGACUUUCAAAUCAAAAAUAGAAUGUGAGAAAACAAAAACUUGCAUCAAAUAAACACAAAGAUAAAAAGCAAAAUCUUUUAAAUACAUACGAAAGAUGACUUGGGGUAACCUCCAUGAACUAAAUACCAUGGAACACAUCGCUGGCCUUAUGACUAACCAAAAAUCAACCUUUCAAGGUUUACAAAAACAACAAUUUCUUCUUUCUAGCUUUUACAGGAGUUGAGUGUCUUUUUAAAGCCCCUUAUGUAUCUUUGUAUUUAACUUGUGACCAACUUUCCACCUUUCCGCCUCAUUUUUAUUUUAAAAGAUAAUGGUACUAAAUUUUCAGGAGGCAUUCUCAAUGCUACAUACAGCACAAUGAACAACAAAACUUUUACUUGCAUCGAUACCUUUUUAUUUUGGAUAAUUUUAUUUGAGGGUUGUUAAGAUCUUCCUUCAGUUUGACAUCCCGACUUCAAACCGUACUAUUGUGGUUAAUUUUCUUGGUGCCGUUGUCCUUCUGUCAUCAUGCACAUGUGAGCAAUGCUUGAUCGAUACGUAAGACAAUAACCAAUGUUCAAAUGAGAUAAAGAAAUCCUUUAAUAUUUGCAAUCAUUGGUAAAUCACAAAACUUUCUUCAUUAUAAAUUCCUUACGACACUACCAACUGUCCUCAGACUAAUUUCCUCUCUACUGUUUAACUACUUCAAAUCUCUCCCUAUAAUGAUCGCUCAGCAUACCCUAAGCUCAACACCAUGACAGCUUAACCCCAUGAGCCGACCUUGCACAUCUAGAUCUCACAAAACCCUUUCACGUUCCUAAAUCUAGUUCAUCACAAGGGUAAUUUUUUUUAAAUCCUGAAAAGAAAAAUAGGUAAAAUUAUUAAUUAAUAAAGGCAUUCACAAAGAAAUAACAACUUUAUUGUACUUUAAUUAAAUGUAUACUAUUAUACUGUUUUGGGUUUUCUGGUAUGAAGAACACAUAAUAAUAAUUAAUAGGACUAGUACCAAUAUUAAUAUGAAUUAAUAUUUAGUAAAUAAAAAUUAACUUAGGCUUCCUAUUUUCUAGUAUUUUUACAAUUUUAGUAUUUUUAUACUUAAACUUAUGGUAGUACUUGUAAUACAAACAUCCCAUCAGUGCCAUGGAUUAAAUUUGAGAAUGAUAAUUUGUUGAGACUAAAAGUUUGGUGUGGUUUUAAUUCCAAAGUUACCCAAUUUUCAAAUUUCAAAUAAAUUCCUCCCAAAACUACUGUACUGAAGAUUAUUGACAUAAUAAUAAUAUUGAUCAGCAUUCAAUGCUCUUCAAUUUAUUUAAAAUACAAGACUUUCAAUAAAGAAAUGCACAUGAAAGACCUAUUUUCCAAUGCAUAUGAUAUGUUUACAACUUCAGAGGAUAAAAAGUUGAACAAAGGGCACCUCACUCUUCAGUGCUUGUCAUUAGGAGAAAAAUGAUUGAACCAUUGUAUUGCCUGUAAAGAGGCCAUGAAUUGUUGAAUGAUUUACAUCCUGUGCCAAUAAAACUAAAUAGUUCCAGUAGACGGCAAUGUAAUUUUAUGAACUUAGUUUGUCAUUUGGCCUUGGAAUAUUAAAAUACCAGUACCUUUGUUGCUCUUUGCAAUGCAGAUUGGUGCCUUUAUCUAUUUUUCAUGCCUUUACUGAGGCAAAUAUGGAGCUUAAAAUCUCAGGGUAGCAUAUCCUCUCUGGGAAAAUCUUCCAAUCACCUGAUACAGAAACAGACUCUUAAGAUAAGAACUGAUUUGCAUAUUAAUUUAUAUAUAAAUUAAUUUAUGUGUACAUAUGUUGUGUUUCAGUCUUUUGAAUAGUGAAGGAUCAUUACUUGCCUUCUCUGGGUUUCCUGAUAAGGAUGCAUCUGCUGCGGGAGCUAUAGCAAGCAACAUUUGGACUUCAUUUCAAAAGAGUGGACAGUAUUCAUUAGAUGAUGGGAAACUAAACUGUGUCCUUGUGGAAUGCAAGGUAUUUAACGAGUGUAUUUACUAAUAAACGGUGACAAAUAUCCCUCCUUGUUGACUUUGGGGAAAUGCCAGCCUUAACCUCCCCCGCUCUGACCAUGAUAAAAAAGAUAAUAUAAAAUCGAUCUGCGCUCUGCCUUGCAAUCCCUAAAGUUCUGCACUGUGAAAAAUAAUCUUGAAUAGUUUUAAGUUACAUCCCCAUCAACUCUUAGCAAAAAUGAUGAGGAAAUGAAGGGUAUAAGUUUAAAUAAUUUGUAACCAUGUUUUGGGCUUUUAGCCAAAAGCACAUUCGUCUAUGAUUAUAAUUUGGGGUCAUACAGCAAUAAAGCUGCCAGUAAUGUAAUGAAAUGCACAAGGCAGUUGAAAACUUGAAAAAGAGACAAGAGACUUUGUACAAAAAAAAAUUGAUGUACUUUUAGUCUUUUCAGAGUAAAGGACCAAUUUUAAGAGCUUAAAGGGUAAAUUUGAAAGGAUUUGUAAUGUAAGAAAAUAUAGAAAGCAAACCAUGUUUCAUUAGAUGUUUCUAAUCAAUCACCACCACAAAAACUGUAGUCCCUUUUAUAUAAAUAUAUAUUUUGAUCAAAUAUAAAUUUCUGACUACUGCAUCCAUUUUUGUUAUUUUCUUGUUACAGCUAGGUAAAAUAGCAAUCACAAAAGUUGCAAAUCUAUUGCUGUGCUUAUGUGCUAAAGAAACUGUGUCCUAUGGCAUGCUUAAAACAAAGGUGAGGAAGGAAUAGGUAUAAAACAAAAAUAAGGAGGGAAUAAUUGGAAAACAAAUAAGUGAAAUUGGGGACAUCCAACUAUUAGCUGCGAUAAUUUUCAACGGUAAUAGAAAAUCAGCACAUUUUUAAUGUUACUCAAGUAGUAUAAAACAAAGUUAUAUACAGAUCUAGAAGGUAUCAAAUGAUUUAGUACAAACCUCAUGAAGGGAUUUAUUUUUUUUUAAAGUCCUACUGGAACAUUCUUUUUGUAGCAUUAACAAUAUUUAUAACAUGGAAGGAAUCUCCAAAUGUAAAAUGAACUUAGUUACCUGAUAUCUAAUCACAGUUCUUAGAUGGUAUUAACUGAAAUAUUUCCACUACUCCUUUUUACAGAUAGAGGCCAUGGCAGCCUACCUGGAAGAACCUUUAUCACAAGUAGCAUCUUCUUGAUCUUUAAAAUACGUUCUAACAUUUCAGUUUAUGAGAGAUUUUUCUGAUGAGUGUUGUUUGAAUGUCCUUAGAAGAGUCUUAUUAGACUUUUUUGUGGGGUCCCCUGAUAAAGAUUUUAUACUAAAAAAUUUGAAUGUUUGUAAAUUAUAAAAUUAAAACCUCUACAAUUUUUUUUAACCUAAAUUGUACAUCCUCAAUAAUUUAUUGAUCGUACUGUGAAUAAUUUCUGUCAGAAAUCACUUCCAUACAUCUUUAUUCUCAUAUCAGUUUAUGGAGCGCUAGUUCCUUAGCGUAUCCUAUGUCCUAAUUUAAAAUAAUGUGAACAAGAAAAAAUACAUGAGCAAACAGUUGAAAUAAAAGGCACCAUUUUUUUACUAUCUCUCUUAAUUUGGCAAGUUGAAUGAACUACUCAAUGCUGCUCUGGCUUGUAAAUAUUGUAAUGCUUGCUUUUCAAAUAUUUUAAGGUUUGCAACUUCAUGAUGAAGGGAAAAUGUCUACAAAUUCUUUAAAUCUCUCAAACUCUGGGGGCAAAAAAUAUGUAUAUUAUUAUUCCAAUAAAAACCAAAUAAAUUAUCAAAAGUGUUAACAAGUCAAUGCAUUUAAUUUAAGGGUAUUUUUAAUUUAUAUAUGUAUGAGGCAUUAUAAAUAAAAAGAAAAUAUUUUUAAAGACCCAUUUGACAGCGAGACUUAAAAAAAAAAAAAAAAAAAAAAAAAUAAAUUAUAAAAAAUUUUAAAAAGUUAAUGAAUUUAAUUUAAGGGUAUUUUUAAUUUAUAUAUGUAUGAGGAAUUAUAAAUAAAAAAAAAAUAUUUUUAAAGACCCAUUUGACAGCGAGACUUUAAAAAAAAAAAAAAAGCAACUUAACUGAUAACAGUGGAAAGAAAUUUUUUUUAAGGACAUGACAGCUACUUUAUCAAAUGCUAGGGUAUGCAAACAUGUGCAAAUUAUGAAUUUUGAUGAACAAAAUGAAAAUAUAUAUGUUGAAUGUGUAUUUAUCUGGGUAUAACAUAUAUAUGUAUUAUUAAUAUUAUUAUCUACUCUUUGAAACUGUUUUUAAUUAAAAUGAACUAUUA